AUGGCCUCCGGCCAUCCGACGGCAAGAGCACCAGGCCUAAACGACGGGAUUUUCGGCGAGAGCAGCACCAGUCCGGUGAGUUCCAGGCGUCUGAGAUCGUGCAACCGAGAGCGGGAAAACGCCGGCGAAGAGCUUCAGUUCCCGACGGCUGAAGAGACCAAGCGCGGCUGUCGAAGGAUGACCCUUCGCGACGAGUCGAGCAGCCCUGCCGGCGGACGAGAGCACCCAGCCGUUGCCGU